UCAGAAACCUAUACCUCACAAUCAAGAGGCGAUCACAAAGAAAUCAAAUUGGUUUAUACUAGCUCGUAGAAACGAUAUUGGAUUCGAAUUACACAAAUCAGACAAUUAUUGUAUGCUGGAUUUGUGUUGUAAUUAUCUUUUACGAUAUUAAUUCUUGGUUUAGUCAUUACUUCAGUUUCCGUUUUUAGACAUCCUACUGUUUAUUUUCGGUUUUUUAAUCUAGAAAUUCAGACAUCUCCCAAAAUGUUUCCAGUUACCAAAGCCUCUCACAAUCAAAGUUUACCUGUUUAUCCUAUGGAUGAGUUGGUAAGAGCACGUAGUGAGUUUAGAUAUCGGUGGAGAAGACGAAUGACCGAAAAUCCCUUGGCCAGAUUAAUCAUUACUGAUCAUUACAGAUACCCGCCUAAUAUAAUCUUGAAAAACUGGGAGAAAUAUCCGUUUGACGAGACUGGUGAUGAGUCAGACAAGCGUCAGUUCCUUUCAACUAUGAGUGAUAAAAUGAGAAAUAGAAUAAUAAUGUUGAGGUCACAACCUUAUAUACCUUCUGAAAUUUAUGAUAAUAUGAUAUCUGAGGAAGAUUUUCAGCAUGUUUGUUCACUACUAUCAAAUGAGCAUGUUAUUUUAUGUGAUAAUUGUGAUUUUCUUGGGACCAAUGAAGACGCAGUGGAACACUUGAAACAAACCGGUCAUUCAACGUGUAGUAAAUACACACCAAUUUAUUAUGUGGAUGAAUCUGGUGCUACUAAACCAUGUGAACUAAAAGAACCACGGGUCAUCACUUAUGAACCUGAUCGAAUUUAUGGUUGGAGUAUUGGUGAUUCAGUGAUAUGUUGUCCUACGUGCAAAUUGACAUUCCCAGAUAAGUUAAUGUGUGCCUAUCACCAUGAAUUGCAACAUCCUCAAGGUGAACCGCUUUACACCUAUGGAAAGGUUUUGAUUGUAAAAGACCUAAAAAUUCAUCGCUCACUAAUAUGCUCAAAUUGUCAAAUUGGAUUUUCUACAAUCGAAGGCUUUACACAACAUUGUAUAGACUCUACACGAUGUGAUUCAUCCUUUUUUUCCUCUUUAUUCAACUGUCAAACGUCGUUACCGAGUUCACAUUCUGUCAUCAUUUUAUCUGUAUUGUGCAAAUUUUGUGAGCGUAGUUUUUCUACAGUCUUAACACCUGGGGCUUGGUUCACUGCUCAAUCGACCACAAGUAGUAGUAGAAAGCGUAAACAUCCACAACAACAACAACAAGAAGAAGAAUGGAACACUGAGAAUUACUCUAAAACGGAUUAUCAAUCAUCAUCAUCGUCAGUUUCUUGUGGCAAAGACUUUUCUCGUUUCUGCCUAAAUCAUGCUUUUCAGCAUAUUGAUCGAGAAAAUCUUCAAUCUUGUCAUCUAAGUCUACGUGUUAUCGAUAUUUCAAAGUCUGUUGAAUGUCGUCUACCGCCUAUUCAUGGAAUAAGUCAUUCAACGACGACUGUAUUACUUUUUUCUCUAUACGAAUGUAAACGUCUUGUUUUAUAUCUUAAAAAGUAUUAUGGAGGUUCAUUCUAUUUGUUGAAAGAUGCUGAAAAGCAUUUAAAAGAUUUACUUGCACAGGCUGCACUGAUUCUCUCUCCUUAUUUUCUCUAUGAUAAUAUUUUUUCCUAA